UUCUAGAACGUCCCUACUUACUUCUUACAUUUAUGUAAUAAGCUCGCAUCCUUUUAGAAACUAGAAAAUAGAGAAGUUUAAAGAUGGAGGAGGUACCCUUUAAGAAUUAUCAGCAGUGCCUUGGUCUUCCAGGUAACUGCGGUAUCAAUAUGUCUGCCAUAAUCAACUCGGGAACCCCGCCACUGCAACCAGAUACCAGCAGAAUUUGCCCAUUUCCUGCCUGGGAAUUUUCAAAAUUCCACCGCACCAAGAACGUUUUAAUAAAACCAUUUCGGGUGAAAUUUCAAGGACAGAAUAACGCAUAAAAGAUGGCAAGAAAGUGGAAUUCCAAUAAGCUCCAGACUUCAGCAACUCGUCCUAAUAAUAGGCGAGGUCGUCAAGGCGCCAACUUCGACGAGGAUUAUCCUAUGGGCGGCGUUGAUUCUUCGACUACGAAGCAUAACAAAUCACAACCCGGAAGAAGAGGCCAGAAUAUCUGUCAUCCAGCGCAUGGUCAAAGCCUAUCUCCACGUCACGGCGAUUAUAAGACCAACCCACGGGACCAGUACUCACACAACAACCGCAAUCUCCAUCGCAACGCUCAGGGCCAUAAGGCGAACAUCCAUGCCGACGGCAACCCAAAUACGAGACGCAACCGCCGCAGACACCGCGGACCAGCAAGCUUAGACGACGAUAACAUUGAUUUGGACGAAAAAGCCGGCAUCGAUACCCACGACCCCCCUUUCCCCUCCUUACGAUGCACUAAUAGCGGCGUAUACAAGAAUAAAAACAGCAACAUGCGUUAUUGUACCGAGUGCAGCUCUGUCCGCCGCGCCAACCUGCGCUUCCGAAACUGGGCCGCGCGCGCCCUGAAUCAUUGCAACCAGCAAUUCGCCGCGUGGUCUGAAGACGCGGGCGUCGGGUUUGAUACCUACGACGAGAUGGACUGGCAGCCUGAACCGCGCGGAAAACCCGCCGCAUCCGCCAUUGGGAGUCUUCCCGAAACCUGGCCCCUGGGCGUGGCCGCCUUGGUCAGGGAACACCUCGCAGAGCGGCGGGCUAGCGGCGUCGCAGGUAAACACGUGCGGGGGUGAGGGUAAUGGAAGAGCUUCGCUGAUAACGAACUUUGGAAUGCUAGGCGGCGGCGGCGGCGGCGGUGGUGGUGGUGGUGGUGGUGGUAACUAUGGGGAAGUUUUAGGGGCGCCGUUGAAUCAGAACCCGGUUGGGAGUAUGAACCAAUGGAGCAUGAGGGAGCAGAGUAUACAUAGUGAAAUUGAAGACUACUGAAUAUGUAACGUGCACAACUGACUCUCUAGACAAUCCUCUACAUGCCUGUCAAAUAGCUUAUUGCAUAGUUGCUAGUUAGCUAGGUAAGGCUAUAGAUGUUAGCAAUGCUAUUUAUCCUGUUG